GGAAAACCAAGAGAGAAACACAUACAAGACAUGGCGGCCGCUAAUGUAGCAGCUGCAGCAGCACUUCUCAUUGCUGUCUACUCUUACUUUGUAGCCAGAGGGUGCAACAUGGUGGUGAUGGCUGCAACAUCCUCACCAUCGCCGUCGCCAUCGCAGCAGCAGCAGCAGCAGCAACUCGUGACGUUUGUGUUUGGGGACUCGUUAACAGAAGUUGGGAACAACAAUCAUCUGCAGUACUCUCUCGCUAGAUCUGAUUUCCCCUGGUACGGGGUUGAUUUCCCCGGCGGCCAGGCCACUGGACGGUUCACUAAUGGCAGAACCAUUGGUGACAUCAUCUCCCAGAAGCUCGGGACCGAAUCGCCACCGCCUUAUCUGUCUCUGUCGAAGAACGACGAUGUACUUCUCAAGGGUGUUAAUUAUGCAUCUGGAGGAGCAGGAAUCCUCAAUGAAACUGGCCAAUAUUUUGUCCAGAGAUUAACACUGAAUGAUCAGAUAGAUUGCUUCAGACAGACCAAGGAAUCAAUCAGGGCUAAGAUUGGUGAUUCUGCUGCAAACAAGCUGGUCAAUCUCGCCUUGUACUUCAUUGGCAUUGGAAGCAACGACUAUGUCAACAAUUUCUUGCAGCCAUUUCUAGCGGAUGGCCAACAGUACACCCAUGACGAAUUUCUCAACCUCUUAACCUCUACCCUUGACAAACAAAUUUCAAGGCUGUACGAACUGGGAGCGCGGAAGGUAGUGUUUCACGGGCUGGGCCCACUGGGCUGCAUCCCGUCCCAAAGGGUGAAGUCCAAGAAAGGGCAAUGCCUGAACCGGGUCAACGAGUGGGUCCUGGAGUUCAACGCCCGGGUCCAGAAACUGAUAUCCACACUCAACGGCCGUUUCCCGGGGGCCAAGCUCAUGUUCGCCGACACGUACGGCGACGUUUUAGACCUCAUCGAGAAUCCGACGUCGUACGGGUUCAAGAUCUCCAACACGUCCUGCUGCAAUGUGGACACGAGCGUCGGAGGGUUGUGCCUGCCCAAUUCCAAGAUGUGCAACAACCGGACGGACUACGUCUUUUGGGAUGCGUUCCAUCCUUCCGACGCCGCCAAUCAGAUUCUAGCCGACAAAUUUUUCUCUAGAUUGUUUCCGGCACCCUCGCCGGCGCCUGCCGCGACGCUGAGCCCUUGAUUUCUCUGGGUUUCUUAGUAUUUGAUUGGAAGUUCGCCGGCAUCAUUGCAUGUAAUUUCCGUUAUGUCGUAAUUAUGCACUAGUGUUGUAAGAGAAGUGAGACUAGCAAUAAGGAGACGAAGUUUGAGUUGAGGGAAGCCUCUCGUACGGGAGAAAAAACAUUAUUGUUAAAU